GGAGGACUAACGAACCUGAUGUUCAAGUGUACACUGUCACCAGAGGUUGCUAGCGUUGGAUUUGAACCAAGAUCAGUGUUACUGCGGAUUCAAACUCAAACAGAUCCAUUAAAGCUGAUGAAGGAAAUUGCUAUCUUCACAUCUUUAGAUGGACAUGGAUACGGUCCAAAACUACUAGGGGUCUUCCCAGGUGGAAGGCUAGAGGAAUUUAUUCCUAGUCGGACGUUAACGCUUAAUGAGUUUCGUGACAGCAGUAUAUUUGCUUUUCAACACUAG